GGGAAACCACCAUCAAACGCAAUCCACUCUGCUCUGUUUGGUGGCUUUACCUAUAGCCUAUAGCGUACUACUCUCAGUCAACAUGGCUUAUGUCAGUGGUCUCCAACGCCUUCUGCCAGCUGUGCUGAUAUGGGUACUGAAUUUUAAGUCUUGCUUGUCUCAGCAUGGAGACAACUCAACCGCCAUGAACUACUCAGAAUACAACUACUCCGGUUUAGAUUACGACGACUUUCCUACUCUGUGUGUGAAAGAAUCCAAUCGCCAGUUCCGCCUCUGGUUUAUGUCCACAUUCUACUCCAUCAUCUGCCUCCUGGGGCUGGCAGGAAACCUACUGGUCAUCCUCACCUUCUUCUACUUCAAGCGUCUCAAGACCAUGACGGAUGUAUACCUGCUCAACUUGUCCUUCGCAGACCUGUUCUUCGCUCUGUCGCUUCCCUUUUGGGCAGCCAACUCCAUGGCAGAAUGGGUGCUGGGCCUGGAGGUGUGCAAAGCCAUGCACACUAUUUACAAGGUCAGCUUCUACAGCAGCAUGUUCCUUCUCUGUUUCAUCAGUGUCGACCGCUACUUUGCCAUCUCCAAAGCAGUCUCCGCUCACCGCCACCGCUCCCAGGCAGUGUUUCUCAGCAAGGUGUCAUCAGCUGUCAUUUGGGUUACGGCACUGAUCUUCUCCAUACCAGAAAUGACAUACACCACGAUCAAUAACAAAACCUGCACCCCUUACUCCAGUAAUUCUGACCAGCUCCGCGUCAGCAUCCAAGCAAGCCAGAUUGUUUUGGCUUUUGCGCUUCCACUCCUGGUCAUGAGCUUCUGCUACAGCAGCAUUAUCCAGACCCUUUGCCAGGCUCGUAACUUUGAGCGGAAUAAGGCCAUAAAGGUGAUUCUCGCCGUGGUAGCCGUCUUCCUGGUAUGCCAGGUACCUUAUAACGUGGUCCUCUUUUGGACCACAGUUGUCACAGCAAAUGGGGGCGCCAAGGACUGCAACUAUGACAACAAUCUCCUCUAUGCCACCGAUGUCACCCAGUGUGUGGCCUUCCUGAGGUGCUGCCUAAACCCCUUCGUCUAUGCCUUUAUUGGUGUGAAGUUUCGUCAUGACCUCCUGAAGCUACUGAAGGAUUUGGGAUGCAUGAGCCAGGAAAGGUUCUUCAGGUACACCUGCGGCAGGAGGAGGAGCUCAGCAGCCAACGACACCGAGACAACCACCACAUUCUCUCCUUAAAGCUGUUUCAGCUUCAAGGAGAGGACGACAGCCUGUUCACACCGGCAGACCUCACAGUGGGCUGCUGAACAUUAUGUUAAAAGCCUCAAAUCACCAGUAUAUUUUACAUGUACAUAGCAGAAGUUAUCAUUAUCAAGUAUGCAGGUCUUUGCUGUUUUUUGUUGUUAUCUCGUGUUUAUUCUCAUCAGUUAAGAUCAAAGAAGGCUAUUAAUGAAUGAAACUAUUAAUGAAAAAAAAAAAACUAUAUUUUUUUACUUCACUAUUUGAACAGCACCAAAAAUGUUUUUAUUAUAGUAAACUUGUUAUUAUAAUAAAAUCUCAUUUUAUUUUUAUGAUAA